GAAUUAAAAGACUAACUGAUCAACAUGCAAAAGCUUCUUCCCGUUCUUCUUGUCUUCCUUUUGGCUGCAGAAAUUUUUGUGGUCUCUGCUCGCUUCUCAAAAACCAAGAAACCAAAGGACGAAACAACAACUAUUGCUGCUGAACCAGAAGAUAUAGAAAACGACCCAGCACCAAAAAAGUGUGGCGGUUGUAAAAAGAAAUGUAAAUGUGGAUAUGACGAUUGUAAUAAAUGCUAUUGCAAGGAAAAAUGCUGGGCUUAA